AUUUACUUGAAUGAAACAAUCACGCUCUCGUUUUUCCUGGGAAACUUACAUUAAUGUAAACUAACGUCGAGAAUCGAAAUACCACCUAAUUGAACUUAAAGCCAAUUUACCAUCAUCGUUCCAACCAAAGUCAAGAUUUUACUCUCUCUCCUCUUUUGAUCGAUCACAAACCCUUCCCUUUUUCGUCCUUCCGAUCAAAAUCCUUCGAAUAUGUCUGAUGCUCUCAUCAAUGGCGUCGCCGGCGCUGGCGGUGGUAUUAUCGCACAGCUCAUCACUUAUCCUUUACAAACUGUUAACACGCGACAGCAAACGGAGCGCGAUCCGAAAAAGGAGAAGACAAAACUUGGAACUCUUGACCAUAUGUGUGAGGUUGUUAAACAUGAAGGAUGGGGGAGAUUAUAUGGAGGCUUAGCUCCGUCAUUAGUUGGUACCGCAGCUUCCCAGGGUGUAUAUUAUUAUUUCUAUCAAAUAUUCAGGGGUAAGGCUGAAGCUAUUGCAAUUGAUCACAGGAAAAGAGGAUUUGGAGAUGGAUCAGUUGGCAUGUUCUCAUCACUGAUUGUGGCUGCUAUGUCUGGGUGUGUCAAUGUGCUGUUGACAAAUCCUAUAUGGGUAGUCGUCACCCGCAUGCAGACACACACUAAAGCAUCCAAGAAAAAUAUUCCCAGUCAAGCUUUAAGAUCACCUGAAGAAAUUCUAAUUGGAUUGGAGCCUCCACCAUAUGGAACUAGCCAUGCAAUACAAGAGGUUUAUGAUGAAGCUGGAUUUUGGGGUUUCUGGAAAGGUGUCAUUCCAACAUUGAUAAUGGUAAGUAAUCCAUCCAUACAGUUCAUGCUGUAUGAGACCCUGCUGAAAAAGCUGAGAAAGAGGCGUGCACUGAAUAAAAAUAGUGGCAAGGGAGUAACUGCAUUAGAGGUAUUUUUACUUGGUGCUCUGGCAAAGCUUGGAGCCACUGUUGUAACAUAUCCUCUUUUGGUGGUGAAGGCAAGGCUUCAAGCAAAGCAAAUUGUUUGCACAGACAAGAAGUGUCACUAUGAAGGUACAUUUGAUGCGAUCUUGAAGAUGAUCCGUUAUGAGGGUUUAUCUGGAUGCUACAAAGGGAUGAGCACAAAGAUUGUACAAAGUGUUUUUGCAGCUGCCAUUCUAUUUAUGGUCAAGGAGGAACUAGUGAAAGGUGUACGCUUAUUACUUGGAAAAAACGGUGCAUUGUCUAAGCCUCUAUGAUGAUAAGCUCCAUUCUUUCUCCUUGGCAACAAUAUGAUAUACCUAUUUCCACAUGCAUAUAAAAGUAAAAACCCGUUGUACUACUACGUAAACUAAUGACCUUUCACCAAGAGAUUCAUUCUGAUGGAGAUUGGCCAAUCAAGCAAGUUUACGAAAGCAUUGUUCCUCACUUUCUAGUUCCUCUGUUCCUCCUAUAAAUGGUCAAGGUAACCAAACGUAAAGGUUAAAUCCGAGAGAAAAUGGUUUGAUUACUAUUCAUAGCAUUAUUGAAAACACUCCCUAAAUCGUAUCCUUUCGGUGAGAGCUCAGCAUUUUGAGCGCCAUCAGUGCGUGGACUAUUUGUAGCUCUGUAGAUGUUAGAUAGUUACUGGAAACGGAAGUGUAAUUUCAUUUAGAUGAUAUGAUAGUGAUUGCUGAAAGCGAUUGGUGGGACGAUUUGUAUGAGAUGAGCACUCCCACCCGUGAAAAUGGUCAUUGCUUUCUCUUUAGAA